CCGUUGCCGUUGGUGAGUUUUCCCAUUAUGGCGGAGGGGUCAGCCGUGCGGAUGGACUGUCUCUUCCACUCUGAUGCUUGUUUCGCGUCCUGAGGGAGGGCGUUUUGUUUUUUGUUUUCACACAUCCCCGCUACGGACCGGGCUCGUUUCACCUAGACUGCACUCGUGUUUAUCGGCGAAGUCAUGGCAGACCGCGGCGGGGAUUUGUCCGCCCUGCCGAAGGAGGUUAGAGACCAGUUGGCGGAGUUGGAUCUGGAGCUGUCUGAAGGUGACAUCACGCAGAAGGGCUAUGAGAAGAAGAGGGCCAAGCUGCUGGCCUCCUACAUCCCCCACUUGCCCAAUGUGGAUCUAUCUCUGCCAGAUGUACAGCUUUCCCCAGGCCACAGUGUCGACCCCAGCCCGAGUCCAGAGGCCCCGGGCCCCUCCACCUCGUCGGCCUCCAGACACCACCGUGCACAUCGUAGUGGAGGGGCCAGGGAUGAGCGCUAUAGAUCCGAUAUCCACACAGAGGCUGUGCAGGCAGCGCUGGCCAAACACAAAGAAGAGAAGAUGGCACUGCCCAUGCCAACCAAGAGACGCUCGGCCUUUGUUCAGUCUCCCAUAGACACCUGUACACCUCCAGACACAUCUUCUGCAUCAGAGGAUGAGGGCUCACUGCGCAAAAAGGCAGCUAUCAGGGCAAUCUUAGAUCAAACCCUGCAAAGUCCCGAUUACUGGAUCAACCGCUCCGUCCAAAGCUCCUCAACAUCCUCAUCUGCUUCCUCCACCCUCUCCCAUGGAGAGCCCAAGACCCAGCCUCAACCCCAGCUUCAGCCCGCUGCCUCCCUGUUGGCUGAUGUACUGGCCCACACACGUAUAGAAAACAGCGUCCCCCCAGAUGUGACAUCCUCCACUCCCCAGGAGAGAGGGUCCAGGGUGGACCUACCCCCGGCAGUCAGGGGCAUGAGCCGUGGACAGAGUCGCUCCAGCAUGCUGGAUACCGCUGAUGGUGUGCCUGUCAAUAGCAGGGUGUCCACUAAGAUCCAGCAGCUGUUGAAUACGCUCAAACGACCCAAAAGACCACCGCUCAGCGAAUUCUUCGUAGAUGACUCUGAGGAAAUUGUAGAGAUUCCCCAGCCGGACCCCAACACCCCGAAGCCUGAGGGGCGUCAGAUCAUCCCGGUGAAGGGGGAGCCCCUGGGAGUGGUCAGUAACUGGCCCCCUGCCCUACAAGCUGCCCUGGCCCGCUGGGGAGCCACCCAGGCCAAGAGCCCUGCCCUCACUGCACUGGACAUCACUGGCAAACCUCUCUACACACUCACAUAUGGUAAAUUAUGGAGUCGCAGUCUGAAGCUGGCCUAUACGCUCCUGAACAAGCUGGGCACCAAGACAGAGCCUGUCCUACAACCCGGAGAUCGGGUGGCACUGGUGUAUCCCAACAGUGACCCAGGCAUGUUCUGGGUGGCUUUCUAUGGCUGCCUGUUAGCGGAGGUCAUUCCUGUGCCGAUUGAGGUCCCACUCUCACGACAGGAUGCUGGCAGUCAGCAGAUUGGCUUCCUGUUGGGCAGCUGUGGUGUCAGUCUGGCGCUAACCAGUGAGGUGUGCCUCAAAGGGCUCCCCAAGACACCAAAUGGAGAGAUCAUCCAGUUCAAAGGAUGGCCAAGGAUGAAAUGGGUUGUGACAGAUACAAAGUACCUGACCAAACCAUCCAAAGACUGGCAGCCCCACAUCCCCACUGCCAACACAGACACAGCCUACAUAGAGUACAAAGCAAGUAAGGAGGGAACAGUCAUGGGAGUCGCUGUGUCAAAGAUCUCGAUGCUGACCCACUGUCAAGCCCUCACUCAGGCUUGUAACUACGUUGAAGGAGAGACACUGGUCAAUGUGCUGGACUGCAAGAAGGACAUGGGCUUGUGGCAUGGCGUCUUAACGAGUGUUAUGAACAGAAUUCACACCAUCACAGUGCCAUAUGCUGUCAUGAAGGCGUGUCCCAUGUCCUGGGUGCAGAGGGUCCACAUCCACAAAGCACGCGUGGCCCUGGUUAAGUGCCGUGACCUCCACUGGGCUAUGAUGGCUCACAAGGACCAGAAGGACAACAACUUGUCCUCCAUACGUAUGCUUAUUGUGGCAGAUGGAGCAAAUCCAUGGUCUGUGUCAUCAUGUGAUGCCUUCCUGAACGUGUUCCAGUCUCAGGGGCUGAAACCUGAGGUCAUCUGUCCAUGUGCCACGUCUCCUGAGGCCCUGACUGUGGCCAUACGCAGGCCUGGUGCACGAGGAGCUCCACUGCCUGCCAGGGCCAUCUUAUCUAUGGGCGGGCUGAGCCACGGCGUGAUCCGGGUGAACACUGAGGACAAGAACUCUGCUCUUACUGUACAGGAUGUGGGCCACAUUAUGCCUGGAGCUCUGAUGUGCAUCGUCAAACCCGACGGGUCGCCACAGCUCUGUAAAACGGACGAGAUAGGAGAGAUCGUGAUCAACUCUCGCGCUGGAGGCACCAUGUACUACGGUUUACCUGGCGUCACCAAGAACACGUUUGAGGUGAUCCCUGUCAACCAAGCAGGAGCCCCCAUUGGCGAGAUCCCCUUCUCUAGGACAGGCCUGCUUGGAUUUGUGGGCCCGGGCAGCCUGGUGUUUGUGGUGGGGAAGAUAGAAGGGCUGCUGACAGUGAGCGGGCGGCGCCACAAUGCAGAUGACCUGGUGGCCACGGCGCUCGCAGUGGAGCCUGUCAAAACGGUUUACAGGGGGAGGAUCGCCGUGUUCUCAGUGACAGUGUUUUAUGAUGAGAGGAUCGUGAUUGUGGCAGAGCAGAGGCCGGAUGCCAGUGAGGAGGACAGCUUCCAGUGGAUGAGCCGAGUCCUGCAGGCCAUUGACAGCAUCCAUCAGGUCGGCCUGUAUUGCCUCGCGCUCGUCCCAGCCAACACCCUCCCAAAGACGCCUCUUGGAGGAAUCCACAUCUGUGAGACCAAGCAGAACUUUCUGGAGGGAAACCUGCAUCCUUGUAAUAUCCUCAUGUGCCCACACACUUGUGUCACCAACAUGCCCAAACCAAGACAGAAGCAGCCAGUGGAAGUCGGCCCAGCCUCUAUGGUCGUUGGCAACUUGGUGGCAGGGAAGCGGAUCGCUCAGGCUACGGGGAGAGAGCUGGGCGUGGUGGACGACCAGGAUCUGAUCCGAAAGCUGUGUAUGUGGCCCACCAUGAUGCACCAGUUCCUGUCAGAGGCCCUGCAAUGGAGAGCUCAAAGUGACCCAGACCAUGUUCUGUAUGUGCUGCUCAAUGCCAAGGGGGUGGCAGUGUGCACGGCUACAUGUGCUCAGCUGCACAAAAGGGCAGAGAAAAUCACAGCUACUCUCAUGGAGAGAGGAGGCCUCAACACAGGCGACAAUGUUGUGCUGCUUUAUCCCCCAGGUAUUGACCUGAUCGCUGCCUUCUACGGCUGCCUCUACGCGGGGGUCAUCCCUGUGACAGUGAGGCCACCUCACCCACAGAACCUCGCAGCUACUCUUCCCACUGUUCGCAUGAUCAUCGACGUGAGCAAAGCAGCCUGCAUCCUCACCACUCAGCCUCUGAUGAGGAUCCUCAGGUCUAGGGAGGCUGCUGCCAGUGUCAAUGUGAAAACGUGGCCCACGAUCAUUGAUACAGAUGAUCUCCCCAGAAAGCGUCCUCCACACAUCUACAAACCGCCCACAGCUGAGAUGCUGGCCUAUCUGGACUUCAGCGUGUCCACUACUGGCAUGUUGACUGGAGUCAAAAUGUCUCACGCUGCAGUCAGUACUCUGUGCCGCUCCAUUAAGCUGCAGUGUGAGCUCUACUCCUCACGCCAGAUAGCCAUCUGUUUGGACCCGUACUGUGGCCUGGGCUUUGUCCUGUGGUGCCUCUCCAGCGUUUACUCAGGUCACCAGUCCAUCCUCAUCCCCCCCCUGGAGCUGGAGUGCUCGCUGCCUGUGUGGCUGAGCACGCUGAGCCAGUACAAGAUCAGAGACACCUUCUGCUCCUACUCUGUCAUGGAGCUCUGCACCAAAGGCCUGGGCACCCAGACAGAGAUGCUGAAGGCGCGGGGUCUGAACCUGUCGUGUGUCCGGAGCUGUGUGGUGGUAGCGGAGGAGCGGCCUCGUCUUGCUCUCACACAGUCCUUCUCCAAGCUCUUCAAAGACCUCGGCCUGUCGUCGCGCGCCGUCAGCACUGCCUUCGGUUCCAGGGUCAACCUUGCCAUCGGCCUGCAGGGCACCGCAGGACCAGAUCCCUCCACCGUCUACGUUGAUAUGAAGUCCUUGCGUCAUGACAGAGUAAGGCUGGUGGAGCGUGGGGCGCCGCAGAGUCUUCCACUCAUGGAGUCGGGCACUAUCCUGCCGGGAGUGCGGGUCAUCAUAGUCAGCACAGAGACCAGAGGCCCACUGGGAGACUCGCAUCUUGGGGAGAUUUGGGUGAACAGCCCUCAUAGCGCCAGUGGCUACUACACCAUUUACGGGGAGGAGAGCCUGCAGGCAGAUCAUUUCAACACCAGACUCAGCUUCGGGGACCCCCAAACCUUAUGGGCCAGGACAGGCUACUUGGGCUUCAUCAAGAGAACCGAGCUGCUGGAUGCAAGCGGAGACCGUCACGACGCCUUGUUUGUGGUGGGCUCCCUGGAUGAAACGCUGGAGUUGAGAGGGUUGCGCUAUCAUCCCAUCGACAUCGAGACGUCCGUGUCCCGAGCCCACCGCAGCAUCGCAGAGAGCGCGGUGUUCACGUGGACCAACCUGCUGGUGGUGGUGGCGGAGCUGAGCGGCUCGGAGCAGGAGGCCCUGGACCUGGUGCCGCUCGUCACCAACGUGGUCCUGGAGGAGCACCACCUCAUCGUGGGGGUGGUGGUCAUCGUGGACCCCGGGGUGAUCCCCAUCAACUCGAGGGGGGAGAAGCAGAGGAUGCACUUGCGAGACUCCUUCCUGGCAGACCAGCUGGACCCCAUCUACGUGGCCUACAACAUGUGAACGCGCCUCAGCAACUGAUGCAGAAAACUGAGCCGGGCUCUGAGAGCAGACGCGAGGGAGAAGGGCGGUGGGGUGCCUUCAGCAGUAACCCUGAUCCUAAACCUCAGACACAUUGGAACCACCAAACAAUGGGAAUACGAGUACAGUCCCGCCAUGAGAACGUGCUUCCCUCUGAAACUGUUCUGCCUUUUCUUCCAGCUGCUUGAUUACUGCAGUACAGGUGCAUUGAGAUUUCUACUGGGGACAGUAGACACGUGUCAACUGGAGGAUCUUCGUCCUCUCCCUGCUCCCUCGUCACUCCAAAUCCUGUUUUUUUUAUGAGACAUUUUUAAUUCCAUACUUUGAGUAAAGAGAGAAUUCCUUUCCUCCCCCUUCUCCUGUUUGUAUCAUGAACCAUUCUUCCUCGUAUUUUUAUUUUUUACGUCCCGUGAUUCCUGAAGGCAGGAUGGUGCACACAAACUGCUGAGAGCAGCUGGAACUCUCCUUCCUUGUGCUUUAAGUCCCCGAUCCUCUGGCUCCAUGGGCUGCCUCACCCGCCUACAGGGGACACGCUGCGCUGCUGUCACCAGAGCAAAUCCUCAUCAGUAUUAAAAAGUGCCACUAGUAAGUGCAGACCUCCAGAUCAGUCAGUCCCGACACAUUCUCUUCCUGUCAGAGGCACCACAGCUUUGACCUCCCAGUCGUGUCCCGAGUUUGUCGGCAGACGGCAUCCUGUCAACUUUCAUACAGUAUAUUACAAAAUCCUAAAAGUCCACUAGAAUUAUCUGUUGGUGUGGGAAAAGAAAGACUCACUUCAGAAAAGCACAAUGCUGGACAGUGAAGACAAAGCAGAUUACUAGUUUCUGUGCGUAGGUGAUAGAUGAUAGAUCUACUGGGUUUAAUAAAGCUAAUACGUUUAAAAGCUCCAGUUGUUAGAUUUAAAAGUUGAGCUGUGUCUGGUGUUUAGGCUUGCAUGCUAAUUGGGAUGGAAUCAAUGUCGACACACUGUGAAAAGAAAAUUCUAAUGAACGACUCCAGGACUCCACACCAAUGGUGUCGACACGAUUAAGGACUCCUGAGUCGGUUCAAAACGCAUUUAUUACCAGGAGACUCGAGUCACAGCUGUUCCUUAAAACACCAAGACCUGGUGGUUCUUGAAACGUCCAGAAGUUAUUUGACAACACUACUGUCCUGAAAGCACAUCCAAACUUUGCCAGAAAAAAAAAAUAUAUCACGGUUCAGGGUUUUGGCCCAUUUCCCAGACUUGCAGCUGUUCAGCAGUUUGUAAUAAGAAGACACACAGACAGUGAAGACACGGGUCGUCUUCUGUAUCUGGGUGAGACGAUACAGCCUGGAUAAUCGUCUUUGCAUUAGAAUUUUUUUUUAAAUUGCUGAUUCACCUGAAAUACCUUCAGUACUGCAGUAAAUGUUGAUCAAAUACUCAGACCUACUUUAAAUACUUGAGAUUUUUUCAGACAUGACUGGCUGUCGAUUAUCCUGAAAUCGAGCGCUUUGCUUUGAAACGCAAAGCACCAGUUGGGGCCAGACAGAGGUUCACAGCAGGCUCAGCCGCUGACGGACAGCGUCUCCGUGCACUCCGAGCUCAGAAGCCGUUUCAGAAUGAAGGGAAGCUUGAACAUCUGAAACCUGAGCGAGGACUGUGUUCCAAUCACGCCUCUAGAAGCACUCCCAGCGUUUUCACCGUCUGCUUUGCUGCUUCUAGAGUUCCCUUUUUUUGUCGUUCCUCACGGUAAAGCAAGGAACAGCUCUCAUUUCCAGCUCGUAGGACAAACGUAGGCCAUCAGAAGGCAGAUCAGUGCCUUUUUAUUGCAGCAUUUUCACACCUAUGAUUAUGGACUGUUGCAUUUCUAAUAGUACAGGACUUUGCCUUACUAAACCUGUGGCACUCCAGUACUCUGGCUGUAACAUUAGUGUAUUUACGGAACUGUUCCAGCAGUUUUCACACGUGGAGCCAGUUUAUAAGUCCAAAUCCACUCGCAUCAUGUUUUUCAGAGGAUGCGGGGGGUGUCGUUGUCUUUCAGUGUACAGUCAUGCCUUUUAUAGUUCAUCAUAAACCUGUAAAACAGUUCUUUGAAUGUCUGUAAUCAUGGGGAAACAACAAACUCCACUUAGAACAACAAUCGAUGCGCAACCUGUGAUUUUAAAUAGCAGAACCCUCCUUUAAAAGAUAAGAAGGGGAGGGGCCACACGUGAGGGUCCAGACUUGGUCUGAUACUGUAUUUUAGAGGUCAAAUACUGUAACUGGUGUUAAAGUGUACAUGAACACGUUGAUAAAAACUUGACUAAUCUUACAUACUUGACAACAUUUUUAAUUUAAAGAUAUCGCAUAACAAAACACGAGUCAGAUUACUUUGCCAGGAACAAUGUGCACUUUCCCAAUUUCAGAGUGUGUGUGUGUGUGUGUCCAGUUUACCAGUGAUACUUUGUUUUGUAACAUUUUUUUUAUUAUUUUCUUCAUUUUUUUUUUAUGUCGCCUCCACUGUAUUUUAAUUCUUUCCAUCCAAAUUUGGGAUUUUAAUAUAUUUUCUAAGGGUUUCAUUCAUUUUGUUUUCCUGACGGGAACCUUUCUUUAAAACUGCACAACUUCUGCAAACAGCUGGUUUGAGCCGGCAGCAGCUCGGGGCCACUUCUCGUUCCGUGGCCGACACCGAGGAAACGAACGCGAGCCAGUAUCUGGGACAAGCCGGAGCGACUGGAGGAUAAUAGGGAGCUACUGUGUGAUAACUGCUUUGUUGCUACUGUUUUAAUAAAGUUUUAUAAUUUCACGAUGGCCUUCAAGCCUUUUUUAAUGGACAUUGGUGCUAUUCAUUAAGGGGAAAGGUGACGCACCGUCAUCCUCCAAUGUUGUUUCUUUUUCCAUCCCACCAUUGGGUUGUUUGUUUCCAUCAGGCGCCCAGGACAACGCCGGCGGACGUAUUCCAUUCAAACGUGCGUUGGUUUUCAGGCUGUCGUGACGACAGGUGUACAUUUCGAACCUCUCACUCAUUCCAAGCACAAAAUGUAACUGUACGGUGAGGUAACGCGAUCCGGAUCUGUCUCUCACACACAAUAAAAACAAUAAAACUCAAGGGCCCACAAUGUGUAUACCUCAGCGACUGUCUGCUCACUAUGCAUCGUCCAGCUGCAGAAAAGACAUUCUGAACUAGUCAAAGGUGCGAUAACUUCUAACAUGUCUUACUUGACAAAAGCACUGUCUCACUGUCAUUGGAUGUGAUUCAUGUCAAAUAAAAACGCUUUGUCAGACUUC